AUGUCCAGGAUGACGACCAGGAACGGGGGAGUCCGUACCACUGAUAAUGCUGCUGGUGCUACCCUGGAUAAGACUAAGGAGACCCCAUUGGUUGUGGACGCUUCCGCUUCCUCGGCUGUUAAGCGUACGGCUGACUUGUUCACGGAGGCCGAUAAGGAAGCUCUUCAACCUGUUGGGUCGGCACAUGAGGGUGUUGAUGACGAAGAGGAUGAUGGUUAUCUCAGUGACGAUCCAGAAGAACGCUACGACGCGCAGGCGAAGAGCGAAGUCGCGCAGCGGGUUCGCUUCGCUAUCGUCCUGUUGAUCCCAACCGCCUUCAAGUCGGAGACCACGCGUGUGCAGGCGACUCUUCGCGCGCUCUUCAACGUGUGGAAGAAAGACCUGAACAUGGAGAUUCAGGCAGCGACGAAGUUUCAGGAGUUGCCGGCGGUGUUCCUGAACAAGAAGCAGUACUGGAGGCUGCAGGUUACCUUUGAUCGGGCUCGUGACGCCAACUUCGUGUGGAAGCAUGGGAUUGUGCACACCUGCGUUGACGGGAAGCGGAUCAACCUGGACUGGCAGCACCCGGCGGAUCCGGCUUACGUGAAGGCGCGUGCGGCUGAUCCGCUGCUGGUUGAAGUGUUGUUUAAGGGGGUGGACGCGGUGAUUACGCCGGAGAUGCUCUGCGGCAUGCUGGUGACGGUGAAGCUGGAAAAGCGCGGCCGCUCGGCUUUCAAGGAAGGGAGAUGUUUCCACCGUGUGGUGAAUCCUGUUACAGGGAUGGACACUGACAAGCCGCCUCAGUCAGACUCACAGAUCUGA